AUGGCGGAAUAUGACGGAGUGAAUACAGAUACUUCCUCGUAUUCUGGCAUCUCGGUGAUUACAAUCAAUCGCCCUGAUAGGAAGAAUGCCGUCGAUCCCUUGACUGCGAAGGCGCUCUAUCAAGCCAUUCUUGUCUUUGAGGAUGACCCGAAACAGAAAGUGUGUGUUCUGACAGGUGCUGGCAGUAGCUUUUGCGCAGGAGCCGACCUCCAUAGCGUUGCGCAGUCAAACAGCGAUACACCUGGCGACAACCUCCAACCUAUUAUCGGCCACAACUUAGGGCCAAUGGGUCCCUCCAGACUCAUCAUAAAAAAACCAGUCAUAUGUUCUAUAUCCGGUUACGCCGUCGCAGGAGGCCUGGAGCUGAGCCUGCUGGCGGAUAUGCGCGUGGUCGAAGAAGACGCAGUGUUUGGGGUCUAUUGUCGACGCCGGGGCGUGCCUUUGAUUGAUGGAGGAACUGUCCGGCUGCAGGCUAUUGUCGGGCUUGGUCGUGCCUUGGAUAUGGUAUUAACUGGUCGGCCUGUGAGUGCUCAGGAAGCGCUGACUAUGGGACUGGCCAGCCGGCUUGUUCCUAAAGGGGAAUCAUUAAAGGAAGCUAUCAGGAUAGCAAGACAGCUAAUCACCUUCCCUGAGCUGUGUCUCAACACAGAUCGCCAGUCAUACUACUACAGUGCGUAUGAGGCAUCCUCGUUCCAGGAUGCGAUUUCCCAAGAGUUUAAUGCUGGAAGCAAGGUGAUUUCCCAGGAAGCCAUCGCAGGCGCAGCGAAGUUCAGCAAAGGCUCAGGGCGGCAUGGCAGCUUCAAGGAUCACAACAAGUUGUGA